AUGGCCCCUGCUACCCGAUCUGGCCCUCCCCCUGCACCCGCCCACAGUGGCGCAGCAACCACUGACUCCUCGCUGACAAGUUUGACUGAUUCAGUCGAGGCCGGUGGGCUCUCACAGGCUCAGUCCCAAGCCGGUCCUUCCCUGAUUCCAGCCGAUCAGCUCUCGCAAGUCAGUCACCUCGGCGAUCCAGACGUGCCUCAGUCGUCUCCCAACGAAGACGAGGCAACACCUAGCCCGCUCUCUCCACCAGCACAGCCCCCUAUUCCGGCGUCGCCACCUUUGGCGAUACCUUCUACCACAGCAAACGCCAACGCACCUAUGGCUCUUCCUGUCAAUCAGUCCGCUCAAACGGAAAUUGAAGACCAUCAACCACCGCCCGCCUCCACACCACAGGCGACCUCGGGAAGCCGAGCUGCCGACCACCCGACUCAGCUCCCUGCGCGCGCUACCUCUCUCGCGCCGUCCGACACACCCUCUUCGUGGCACUCGGAUCUCCAAAUCCUUUCUCAGAACCAAGCCCUCCUCACUCGUCUGCUACAUAGCAUGCACGAGCAGAACGUUGUCCGACCUCAGAGUAUCCCUGCCUCCUCGACGCCCCCUGCCAACGACCCUACGCUUCAGACAUCAUUCGAGCGCAGGCGUCGUCUCCGUCCCGCCGACCUCAGUAAAUUCGGCGGUUCAGACACAGAGGAUGUUGAUACCUGGCUCGAAAAACUAACGGCGGCCCUCGAGCAUGCCGAUUACCCCGAGUCUGAACUUCUUACCAACCUUCCCUUCCUUCUCGAAGGCAAAGCUCUCGACUGGUUCACGGACCUGGGCUCGGUUCGCCGAGACUAUCAGACUUGGGACGAGUGGCGUGUAGUUUUCAAAAACGCGUUCAGGAUCCCUGAUUUCGAGGGAGUUAUGCGCCGCAAGUGCAUCGCGCGCCGCCUGCUACCAUUUGAGUCCUUCGCCGACUACUUCGAUGCAAAACGUCGACUUCAGCGUUGGGUGUAUCCUGAGGGCACCUCUUCAAAGGAUCUCAUUACCGAUAUGGUCGAAGGUAUUCCUCUGGCGAUGCGUGCCCUGAUCAAAGCAUCGACCCCGCCUGGUUCAUCUUUAGACGAUUUCCGUUGUAUCAUGCUGGAUCUACAACCCAGUCUCCGCUCGCAAUUCCCUUCGCCGAGCACCAAACCCUCCAGACCCCAAAACGGUGGUCAACCCCAACGGCCUCCUACCGACCAAGGACGCCAGUUCCAGCAGCCACGAACAGGCCCUCCUCCCUCUGCCUGCAAAGCAUGCGGUGAAUGGCAUUGGCGUGAGUUCUGCCCACUCAAUAACCAGCGUUCUGCGAACGGCUCGUCCCCUGGCUUUUACGGCCGUCAAAACAAUGGCCAAAAUGAGCACCAGCGCCAGGACGGUAUGGGACGCAACUUCGUUGGGUCCGGAAGUAACGGCAUCUCUCGCCCAUCCAACAAUCGAUACCCAGACCACCAGCAGGGUAUGCGCCCAGCCCAGAGCCACUCCCAAGGUAACGGCAAUUUCAACCGCGCUCCUCAGCACCCUCGCGCUUCGUUGAACGUUGUGACGGCACACCCUUCUACCUCUGCCGACGCCGGUUCCGUCAGCUCCGGGAAUCACCGGGCAGCCGACGUCCUUCCCGAAGGCACGCCUCACAAUGCCGAAACAACCGCUCCUUCCGACGUGUUGGACCUCGUCGCAGAGCCUUUCGAGCACGUUGAUAAAACCCUGACUUAUGCGUAUGGCCGAUUCGGCACAGACAAGGAAGGUUCUGCAUUGCAUAGAGUCAUCAUUGACUCUGGCGCGUCCAUUACUGUUCUCAAUGCCGACUACGCCGAUCAGCAUCUUGCAGCAUAUGCUCGUCACCCUCUACCGGCCAACUUCCAAUUGUCAGGCAUGGCAUCCCUUGCUUCUGCGUUUUACAUUCACGCGUCUAUGCAGUUUGUCGACACAGACGGACAAGACAUCACCCUCGAAGCAAAUUUCUUCCUCGCCAAAACAGAGAGUGCAAAUAUUAUCCUUGGGAACGAUGUCCUGCUUCCACUCGGUGCGCGGAUCGACCUCGAUUUGCUCCUGCUGUCCUUCCGAGACAUGCGAGGUGCUAUUCCCAUCACCGCAUCCAUAAAGGAAUUUCCUUCGCAAACAAGUGACGAGCCGACCCCUGUCAGCUCUUCUACCGAUCCAGCUCCUUACCCCGCAUUUCGUCUCAAAAAUCCUGCCAUUGUGUACCCGGGUCACCGACACCGUGCCGAGGUAGUGGUUGGAGAGUUGCCCCCUACCGACGCAUACCUCCUCGAGCCCCUCCAUUUGGGAGAAUACUUGCAUGUCGCACGAUCUGUCGGCUCUGCGGCAUCCCCCGCACACUUCGUCAUGAUCAUCGAUUCAGGGAAGAAACCGAUCGUCCUAGGCACCCACCGCAAGCUGGGCCGGCCCACCCCCGCUAUCUCCGCUAAGGCCCUGCCACAGGCGAAUGCGGUAAACCACACCGACCAGACUCCCCGACCUUGGGAGUCGGAUGAUCCGAGCAUGGAGGACGACCAAUUUCCCCUGCGUGACAUCCAGCUCAACCCUGAGCUGAGUCCGGACCAGCGGAAAGCUUUCGAGAAAGUGAUACUUUACAACAAGGACGCCUUUGGCUACGGUUCUCGCCCAAUAGGCUCUACCACUCUUGCCACCAUGUCUAUCCCCACAGGCGAUGCUCCUCCUGUCUCCUCUCCACCAUACAGGGCCUCCCCUCAAGGGAGAGAGAUCAUAGACACUGCGAUGGCCGAGUUGUUGGAACAUGGCAUUAUUCAGGAAUCGGAGUCUCCGUGGGCGUCGCCCGCUAUCAUUGUCCAGCAGAAAGGGAAGUCCCGGUUCUGCAUCGACUACCGUAAGGUGAACAGCUUUACCACUCCCGAUCAAUACCCCCUCCCAACCGUCGACGAGAUCCUCUCCCAGUUCGCCGGUAUGAAGUACUUCUCCACAUUCGACGCGAACCGCGGUUUCCAUCAGAUACCACUCGACGACGACGCCAGGGCAAAGUCGGCCUUCCGAACACACCAGGGUCUCCACGAAUAA